AAGAUAUGAAUAAUGCACUAGGAUCAUUGGAGUAAACGUUUCUUAGCCCCAUAGACAAGGCAUCCAUUUUCUUGUUGUGGUGGAGAUAAAGUGGAGAAUGGGAAACUGACGUCGAGACCAAGAACCUCCGUCUCUCCCCCAACAAAGCCCCACGGUUGUCUCUCCUUUCGCUCCCGGGCCUUGCCCUUUUAACUUCCCACCAAUUUCUUCUAAUCUAACUAAAUAUCUUCCCACGAGGCCACGUAUUCCAAUUGCCGGCGUGACCUUAAGGAGUGACCUUGAUUUGUUUUGGAACUGUGGGUGGUACCGUGUCUUGGCUACCGUGCUGGGAUCGACCCGUAGCAGAUCGAAAUUCGACUAGGGGCUUAGGGCCAAACCUCGAUCAUUUUUCAAGUUUCUCUCCCUCCAAACCUUUCUUCCUUCCUCCACCGCCACUUCGGCCUGCAGGCGCAUUCCGCCAUGGUCCGUUUACCGCUCCCGCAGCGACUGAGCUCGCAUCUUACCACGAGAAGCGCCACCUCAACACCCGGUCAGAGCAGGAGUACUAGCCCUAUGCGCAUACCAUCUGACGCAAAACCUUUGCUACUCAAAGUCACGGUCAUUCGGGGACGAAAUCUUGCAGCGAAGGAUCGGGGUGGCACAAGCGAUCCGUAUUUGGUUGUGACAUUAGGAGAAGGAAGGCAGUCGACACCAACGAUAUUCAAAUCACUAAACCCGGAAUGGAACGUGUCAUUCGAAAUGCCCAUCGGUGGUGUCCCGUUGUUGGAGUGCAUCUGCUGGGAUCAUGACCGGUUUGGCAAAGACUACCUGGGCGAGUUUGAUAUUGCAUUGGAAGAUAUCUUUGUCGAUGGGCAAAUCAAGAAAGAGCCAACUUGGUACACCCUCAAGUCGAAACGGGUAUCGAACCGCAAGAAGAAAAACAAGAAAAACAGUAAUGUAUCUGGCGAGAUCCUGCUGCAAUUCUCACUUUCGGACUCGGCGAGCCCAAAUGCGUCGCCAUCAGACACAUACCGGAAAUUUAAGAAGGUCGUAUGCGCCGGUGAUGAUGACGACCCAAUUGAAAUUCCGGCGGUUGACCUCGAUGAUUUGGACCGUGAUGAGGAGACUUCCGAUGAAACUGACGACCCUUCGAAGCCAGAGGUUGUUGAAAAACGCCGUCGAAGGCUUCGUAUGGCUCGCUUAAGAAAGAAGUCUCUUGCUGCUCGCGCAUACCAAUUUUCGGGUGCCGGGAGCGGCGUGCAGGGUAUUGUCUUUAUGGAGAUCGUCAAAGUGACCGAUCUACCUCCUGAAAAAAAUGUGACGCGGACAUCGUUUGACAUGGAUCCUUUUGUCGUGACUUCUCUUGGAAGAAAAACGCUCAGGACUCCUGUUAUACGUCAUAAUCUGAACCCCAUUUAUCACGAGAAGAUGGUCUUUCAGGUAAUGCGGCAUGAGAGGAACUACACGAUUGGUUUCACGGUAAUGGACCGAGACAAGUUCUCAGGCAAUGACUUUGUCGCCUCUGCCGGUUUCCCUCUGCCAACUUUGAUCCAAGCUGCCCCGGAGGCAGACCCUGAGACGGGUUUAUACCACUUUGUCGAGUCUGAAGAGGAUGAAAUUGUUCCGCCGGCAAAGUCUAGUACUCGGCUUCCACUUAGCUCCUCUGCAUCGUCAUCCAGCCUUUCCAAGAUGUCGCGGCCCACCAUGAGGUCACGUAACUCAGCUACUUCUCUUUCAAGCAACUCUGUAAUUGAGGCUGCCAACAAGGCCGGUCCCACAUCCGUGCCAGAAUCAUCCAGUCCAGUGGAUAGCAGCUCCAACCUACAGGUGCCCACCGUCACAUCUACAGUCACUUCAGAGCCUGAGAAUAUUCCACCAGCCGAUGAGGAAGGUUUGCGUUCUUAUACUAUUCCUCUGGUGCUUAAAAACCGAGAACGAUGGGAAGACAAACAUACACCGGAAUUAUUCUUGAAAGCCAAGUACCUGCCAUAUAGUGCCCUUCGACAGCAAUUCUGGAGACUCAUGUUGAAGCAAUACGAUGCGGAUGACAGCGGCCGCAUUGACAAGAUUGAAAUGACUACCAUGCUCGACACUCUUGGAUCCACACUCAAGGAAUCGACUGUCGACGCCUUCUUCGAGCGUUUCAACGGCGAGAACGAUGCCAGUGCGACACCCGACUUAACCGUCGACCAGGCCGUGAUGUGUCUCGAAGAUACACUACAAUACUUGCAAAAGAAGAAUGCCACGGCCAAUUCCCAGAGACCAGCACUUGCACCGUCAUCCUUCGGCAGUCAGGAUAGUGAGGAGCCAUCUAGCGGCGAUGAGCUCGCUGUAGAAUCCAGCACCACCAAGCCUCACAAUGCUAACCCGGAUUCAACAGCAGUCCCAACACUCUCUAGCGACGAGGCGGAUCAGCCCAGCUCGAACGACGAAUACCUCCGACCUGAUGAUCUUGGGGAUGAGCGCGGUGAGGAGCACGUGGUGGAAAUCCGCGAAUGCCCGCUUUGCCACCAGCCUCGCCUUGGUAAACGAUCUGAUGCGGAUAUCAUUACUCAUAUUGCGACAUGUGCCAGCCGUGACUGGCGGCAAGUCGACAACCUGGUCAUGGGUGGAUUUGUGACCUCGAGCCAGGCUCAGCGCAAAUGGUACUCCAAGGUUAUCACCAAGAUCUCCUACGGUGGCUACAAACUUGGAGCCAAUUCGGCCAAUAUCCUCGUCCAGGACCGGAUUACCGGCCAGAUUAAUGAGGAGCGUAUGAGUAUUUAUGUCCGCCUUGGAAUCCGACUGCUUUACAAGGGUCUCAAGAGCAAGGACAUGGAGACGAAGAGAAUUCGUCGUGUGCUGAAAUCCCUCAGUAUUAAGCAAGGCCGAAAAUAUGAUGACCCGGCGUCUGUCAGCCAGAUUCGGGAUUUCAUCAAUUUCCACCAGCUGGACAUGACAGAGGUGCUUCAGCCUAUUGAGAAAUUCAAAAACUUCAACGAGUUCUUCUAUCGUGCCUUGAAGCCCGAUGCCCGACCGUGCUCGGCCCCCGACGAUCCAAGGGUUGUCGUGUCCCCAGCCGACUGUCGCUCAGUGGUCUUUGAUCGCAUGAACGAAGCCACUGGAAUCUGGGUAAAGGGACGAGAGUUCUCCGUGGAGAGGUUAAUGGGUAACGCCUAUCCUGAAGACGCCGCGCGGUACCGCAAUGGUGCACUUGGUGUGUUCCGUUUAGCACCUCAGGAUUACCAUCGUUUCCAUGUGCCAGUAGAUGGAAUCAUGGGUGAGCCCAAAAUUAUUGAGGGCGAGUACUAUACGGUGAACCCGAUGGCUAUUCGUUCUGCCUUGGAUGUUUAUGGAGAGAACGUGCGAGUGUUGGUCCCAAUUGACUCUGUUGCCCAUGGUCGCGUCAUGGUCGUCUGUGUCGGCGCCAUGAUGGUGGGUAGCACAGUCAUCACUCGCAAAGCCGGUGAAAAGGUUUCCCGGGCAGAAGAGCUUGGAUACUUCAAGUUCGGCGGUAGUACGCUAUUGGUCUUGUUUGAGGAAGGAGUCAUCAACUUUGACCGUGACCUAGUGGACAACUCCAAGGGCCCAUUGGAGACACUGAUUCGAGUUGGUAUGUCAGUUGGUCACAGCCCUGAUAUCCCUCAGUAUGAACCGGACAUGCCCAAGAAAGCAGAGAAUAUCACUGCUGAGGAGAUGCAAGAAGCCAAGCGUCGUAUCGAAGGCAGCCUUGCACCUCCACCCCCAGGCGGCGCAUCUCAGGUGGAUGACGCCAUGCAAUGAUCCUGGGGAUCAUUGUAUAUUUCAACUAUAUAACAGGGCACGGGCUCAACUCCUGUUCGCUCAAGAUUC